GAAAAGUGUUCUAACCUAUACUUCGCAUGUGUUUUAAAUGAUUCAAGUGCAUAUUCCAGUUUCACCUGUUUUUCAUGUUAAAACUACUCGAAAUUAGUGAAAAACUAUAGAAAAAUCACCAAAUUAACAGAUUUUAUAAUGUGUAGCGUUGGUGACGAUAAUUAUGAAGGUGACGAAGCCUCGAAGUAUUUACCAACAAUAGAAACACUAAAACUUGAUACACUUUGCAAUAAAUGCAGAACAAAUCAACCAUGCAUAAUCCUCAGACACAAAGAUGCCUACUGCAAAGAUUGUUUUCUGGCUGCAACAACUCACAAGUUCAAGGCUUUCCUAGGAAAACAUAGACUAAUUUACCCAAAUGACAAAGUACUAGUUUCUUUCAAGGAAGGUCAUGAGUGUGCUGCUUUGUUGCACUUUAUAAGGAGUGGUUUGGACCUUACUACUCCCAAGAAGUUGAGAUUUGAACCUAUGAUACUUUACAUUGAAAAUAAUAAUCAUUUAAAUUCUGAAACCAGAAGAAAUUUAUUGAAAUCUAUUGAUGAACAGGCUAAACACUUUAAAUUUGACAUAUAUUAUGUGUCACUAGCUAAAUUUAUUGAGAAUGAAGAUAAAUUUCUAGAAGAUUUAACUCAGAAUUAUGAAGAAGUGAUUUUAAUUAAUAAAGACCAGUCAAAUGUGAGUGAGAAACUAAAAGAUUUAAAUAAUAAAACCCAAAAGUUGGAAGUAAUUAAACUUUUAGAGAGGAAUUUACUUUAUAAAGUUUCUAAGCACUUAGGAUGUAAACAUGUGUUUACACCUGAACUAGGAAGUCAUGUGGCUGCCGUAUUGUUGACUAGUGUUUGUUUAGGAAGAGGAAAGCAUCUACCACUUGAUAUUGGAGUUUAUGACAACAGAGACCCAGAAGUCAAUAUAAUCCGCCCCUUGAGGCACUUUGAAACAAAAGAAGUAGCAAUGUACAACUAUUUUAACAAUAUCAUACCAGUAAACUUGCCAAAAGCGCCAAAUACUGACAGCAGUAUUCAGAACCUGCUGAGGUCGUUUGUGGAUAAUUUACAAACUAAUUUUCCAGCAACAAUCACAACUAUUGUUAGGACCGGCGAUAAAUUGGCUAUGGAUGAUGAAAUUACGAAUAAUCCAAGUUGUAAAUUAUGCAAAGCUCCAAUUGAAAAUGCAUCAACUGAAUUAACAUCAGCGGAAUCUACAAUGUUCUCUAGCUUAAUUUCCAAUAAACAAUCGGACGAAUGUCUGCCACCGGAAGAGGCCUAUGCCAAAACAAUUGAAAUGUUUAGUGCACAACAGUCGCGGGAUUAUUGCUACGCGUGUUUACGAUUACAAUAUACCUCUUAACUAUAAAUUUGUAUUGUAUAUUUAUAAUAAUUGUGAUGCAUAAUUUGAAAAUUGAAUAUAUGUUUUACAAAUCAA